UGGCCAGAGCCGUUGAUGGCCCUCGAUCCGCCGGGCUCGCCCCCUCUCCCCAGAAGAUGGCCUUCGGAAGCCCGGCGUUCUGACCCGGGGUGUAGCUCCCCGUGGGGACCGGCCUGGCCGCCAGCGCCAGCCUGCUGCCGCCUCCCGGCUCCGGUGCACAGUGUGGCGUUAGCUGGCCCGGCCCCCGACCCCUUCCUCCGCCGCCGCCGUCCGGCCGCGACCACCAAGGCGCACGCCAACUGCAAGUGCCCAUUGCUCAGGUUAUGGCUGGAAGUUACAGAUGUAGAGCUGAAACGACUGAAAGAUGCCUUCAAGAGGACCUGUGGACUCUCAUAUUACAUGGGCCAGCACUGCUUUAUCAAGGAAGUGCUUGGGGAAGGAGUGCCUCCAAAAGUUGCUGAGGUGAUUUACUGUUCUUUUGGUGGAACAUCAAAGGGACUACACUUCAAUAAUUUAAUAGUUGGACUUGUUCUUCUUACAAGAGGCAAAGAUGAAGAGAAAGCAAAAUACAUUUUUAGUCUUUUUGCAAGUGAAUCCGGCAGCUAUGUUACACGGGAAGAAAUGGAAAGAAUGCUCCAUGUUGUGGAUGGUAAAGUCCCAGAUACACUCAGGAAAUGUUUCUCAGAGGGUGAAAAGGUAAACUAUGAAAAGUUUAGAAAUUGGCUUCUUCUAAACAAAGAAGCUUUUACCUUUUCUCGUUGGCUACUGUCUGGAGGUGUAUAUGUGACCCUCACUGAUGAUAGUGAUACUCCCACUUUCUACCAAACUCUGGCUGGAGUCACACAUUUGGAGGAAUCAGACAUCAUUGAUCUGGAGAAACGUUACUGGUUGCUGAAGGCUCAAUCCCGGACUGGACGAUUUGAUUUAGAGACAUUUGGCCCCUUGGUUUCACCACCUAUUCGCCCAUCUCUAAGUGAAGGUUUGUUUAAUGCUUUUGAUGAAAAUCGUGACAAUCACAUAGAUUUUAAGGAGAUAUCCUGUGGGUUAUCAGCCUGUUGCAGGGGACCCCUGGCUGAAAGACAAAAAUUUUGCUUCAAGGUAUUUGAUGUUGACCGAGAUGGAGUUCUCUCUAGGGUUGAACUGAGAGACAUGGUGGUUGCACUUUUAGAGGUCUGGAAGGACAACCGCACUGAUGAUAUCCCAGAAUUACAUACUGAUCUAUCUGAUAUUGUAGAAGGCAUAUUGAGUGCACAUGACACAACAAAGAUGGGCCAUCUUACUCUAGAAGACUAUCAGAUCUGGAGUGUGAAAAAUGUACUUGCCAAUGAAUUUUUGAAUCUCCUUUUCCAGGUAUGUCACAUAGUUCUGGGAUUAAGACCAGCUACUCCAGAAGAGGAAGGACAAAUUAUUAGAGGAUGGUUAGAACGGGAGAGCAGGUAUGGUCUGCAACCAGGACACAAUUGGUUUAUCAUCUCCAUGCAGUGGUGGCAGCAGUGGAAGGACUAUGUCAAAUAUGAUGCUAGCCCUGUUGUGAUUGAGCCAUCAUCUGUUCUGAAUGGAGGAAAAUAUUCAUUUGGAACAGUACAUUCUAUAGAGCAGAGUGAAGAUAGAAUUGGAGGAGGCAGCCUCAGUUAUGUGAAUACCACAGAAGAGAAAUUUUCAGACAAUAUUUCUACUGCAUCUGAAGCCUCAGAAACUGCUGGCAGUGGCUUUUUGUAUUCAGCCACACCAGGAGCAGAUAUGUGCUUUGCUCGACAACACAACAUUUUAGACAGUAACAACCAGUGUUUCCUAGGAGCCAAUGGGAAUAUUUUGUUGCAUCUCAAUCCUCAGAAACCAGGGGCUAUUGAUAACCAGCCACUAGUAACUCAAGAGCCAGUAAAGGCUACAUCAUUAACACUGGAAGGUGGUCGAUUAAAACGAACCCCACAGCUGAUCCAUGGAAGAGAUUAUGAAAUGGUCCCAGAACCUGUAUGGAGGGCACUUUAUCAUUGGUAUGGAGCAAACCUGGCUCUUCCUAGACCUGUGAUCAAGAAUAGCAAGACAGAAAUCCCAGAGCUAGAAUUAUUUCCUCGAUAUCUUCUAUUCCUGAGACAGCAGCCUGCCACUCGAACACAGCAGUCUAACAUCUGGGUGAAUAUGGGUAUGAUGAGCCUGAGAAUGUUUCCUCAGCAUUUACCAAGAGGAAACGUACCUUCUCCAAAUGCACCAUUAAAGCGGGUCUUAGCCUACACAGGCUGUUUUAGUAGAAUGCAGACCAUCAAGGAAAUUCAUGAAUAUCUAUCUCAGAGGCUGCGCAUCAAAGAGGAAGAUAUGCGCUUAUGGCUAUACAACAGUGAGAAUUACCUUACUCUUCUGGAUGAUGAAGAUCAUAGAUUAGAAUAUUUGAAAAUUCAAGAUGAGCAGCACCUGGUAAUUGAAGUUCGAAACAAAGAUAUGAGUUGGCCUGAGGAAAUGUCCUUUAUAGCAAACAGUAGUAAAAUAGACAGACACAAGGUUCCCACAGAAAAGGGUGCCACAGGUCUGAGUAACCUGGGAAACACAUGCUUCAUGAAUUCAAGCAUCCAGUGUGUUAGUAACACACAGCCACUGACACAGUAUUUUAUCUCAGGGAGACAUCUUUAUGAACUGAACAGGACAAAUCCCAUUGGUAUGAAGGGGCAUAUGGCUAAAUGCUAUGGGGAUUUAGUACAGGAACUUUGGAGUGGAACUCAGAAGAAUGUCGCCCCAUUAAAGCUUCGGUGGACCAUAGCAAAAUAUGCUCCCAGGUUUAAUGGGUUCCAGCAACAAGACUCCCAAGAACUUCUGGCUUUUCUCUUGGAUGGUCUUCAUGAAGAUCUCAACCGAGUCCAUGAGAAGCCAUAUGUGGAACUGAAGGACAGCAAUGGCCGGCCAGACUGGGAAGUGGCUGCAGAGGCCUGGGACAACCAUCUGAGAAGGAAUAGAUCAAUUGUUGUAGAUUUGUUUCAUGGGCAAUUAAGGUCCCAAGUCAAAUGCAAGACAUGUGGUCAUAUAAGUGUCCGAUUUGACCCAUUCAAUUUUUUGUCUUUGCCGCUACCAAUGGACAGUUAUAUGCACUUAGAAAUAACAGUUAUUAAGUUGGAUGGUACUACCCCUGUACGUUAUGGACUAAGACUGAAUAUGGAUGAAAAGUACACAGGUUUAAAAAAACAGCUGAGUGAUCUCUGUGGACUUAAAUCAGAACAAAUCCUUCUUGCAGAAGUACAUGGUUCCAACAUAAAGAAUUUCCCCCAGGACAACCAAAAAGUACGACUCUCAGUGAGUGGAUAUUUGUGCGCAUUUGAAAUUCCCAUCCCUGGAUCUCCAGUUUCAGCUUCUAGUCCAAUACUGACAGAUAUCUCCUCUUCCCCAUCCACAAAUGGAAUGUUAACCCUAACCACCAAUGGGGACCUGCCCCGACCAAUAUUCAUCCCCAAUGGAAUGCCAAACACUGUUGUGCCAUGUGGAACUGAGAAGAGCUUCACAAAUGGAAUGGUGAAUGGUCAUAUGCCAUCUCUUCCUGACAAUCCCUUUACAGGUUACAUCAUUGCAGUCCACCGAAAAAUGAUGAGGACGGAACUAUAUUUCCUGUCAUCUCAGAAGAAUCGCCCUAGCCUCUUUGGAAUGCCACUGAUUGUUCCAUGUACUGUGCAUACCCGGAAAAAAGACCUGUAUGAUUCAGUUUGGAUUCAAGUAUCUCGAUUAGCCAGCCCACUCCCACCUCAGGAAGCUAGUAACCACGCUCAGGAUUGUGAUGACAGUAUGGGCUAUCAAUAUCCAUUCACUCUACGAGUUGUGCAGAAAGAUGGGAACUCCUGUGCUUGGUGCCCAUGGUAUAGAUUUUGCAGAGGCUGUAAAAUAGAUUGUGGGGAAGACAAAGCUUUCAUUGGAAAUGCCUAUAUUGCUGUAGAUUGGGACCCCACGGCUCUUCACCUCCGCUAUCAAACAUCACAGGAAAGGGUUGUCGAUGAGCAUGAGAGUGUGGAACAGAGUCGGCGAGCACAAGCUGAGCCCAUCAACCUGGACAACUGUCUCCGUGCUUUCACCAGUGAGGAGGAGCUGGGGGAAAAUGAGAUGUACUACUGUUCCAAGUGUAAGACCCACUGCUUAGCAACCAAGAAGCUGGAUCUCUGGAGGCUUCCCCCAGUCCUGAUUAUUCAUCUUAAAAGAUUUCAAUUUGUAAAUGGCCGAUGGAUAAAGUCACAGAAAAUUGUUAAAUUUCCUCGUGAAAGUUUUGACCCUAGUGCUUUUUUGGUACCAAGAAACCCGGCUCUCUGCCAGCGGAAACCACUCACACCCCAGGGGGAUGACUUCUGUGAGACCAGGGUUCCGACAGGAGAGGUGAAGAAAAUGGAUGCCCAGAACUCCGCUGGGGAAGAGGAUGUGCGCCUGAGCAAAAGCCCAUCCUCGCUCAGCGCAAACAUCAUCAGUAGCCCUAAAGGUUCGCCUUCUUCAUCAAGAAAAGGUGGAGCCAGCUGUCCCUCCAGCAAAAACAGCAGCCCUAACAGCAGCCCACGGACUUUAGGGAGGAGCAAAGGGAGGCUUCGACUACCCCAGAUUGGCAGCAAAAAUAAACUGACGAGUAGUAAGGAGAACUUGGAUGCCAGCAAAGAGAAUGGGACUGUGCAUGUUUGUGAGCUGGCUGAUGCCUUGAGCCAAGGGCACAUGCUGGGGGGCAGCCAACCUGAGCUGGUUACCCCUCAGGAUCACGAAGUAGCUUUGGCCAAUGGAUUUCUUUAUGAACAUGAGGCAUAUGGCAGUGUCUGUGGCAAUGGCUACAGCAAUGGUCAGCUUGAAAACCACAGUGAAGAAGACAUCACCGAUGACCAAAGAAAAGAUAUUCGUGUUAAUCCGAUUUAUAAUCUAUAUGCAAUUUCGUGCCAUUCAGGAAUUCUGGGCGGGGGCCAUUACGUCACUUAUGCCAAAAACCCAAACAGCAAGUGGUACUGUUACAAUGACAGCAGCUGUAAGGAACUUCACCCUGAUGAAAUUGACACCGACUCUGCCUACAUUCUUUUCUAUGAGCAGAAGGGGAUGGACUAUGCACAAUUUCUGCCAAAGGUUGAUGGCAAAAAGAUGGCAGACACAAGCAGCAUGGAUGAAGACUUUGAGUCUGAUUAUAAAAAGUACUGUGUUUUACAGUAAGCUACCACUCUGGCUGCUAGACAGUCUGGUGGUAAGGGAGAUGACUCCCCGUAGCUAACAUUUGGCAAAAGUGUCCCUGAAAGGCAAGCUAACUAAAGGUAGUUAUUUUUAUCCUGUGACCCUGAAGCACAAAUAACAGUCCUAAUUAAAAUAGCAGUUAGCAUAACAGUAGUAAUAGUUUUGUUUGAAAAUAUCUCACACAAGUUCUCUGGUAGAGAACUUUCAGGCAGAGUCCACCAUUAGCCUGUAAACAAAAGGGUUUGGCACCAGCCACCUGGGACCAAAUAAGAACUAAAUUGUGCUUGUCCAGAUGUGAACAAAUAGGUAGUGAGUAUAGAGUUUACCAAUAAUUAUAACAAAAUACUAAGAAUUUCCUUGGAGUCAAAGUAAAACAAAAAGUUAUAGUGUUGUCUCGGGACGACAUGACAUGCUACCUCCUUUUUCCUAAAGUUUUAUUCCAUUAUAUUGACAAGAUGGAGAAAGCAAGAUCAUGAAGGUGUGCAAAGGAUUCUUAUGGCAUGGACACAGAUUUUUCCACUUGUUUUUUAAAGCAUUUUCCCAGUCUUUUUAUGUCUUUUCUUGCUUUUUAUUUUUGUUGUGUUUGUGUUUGAAACACAACCAGUCAUGGUGGCAGAGCCAUAUAUAGUAGUCAGUCAGUCUAAGAAUCUCUUAAGGGCUGUGUGCCUUCUACCCAGGGCCUUGGUUGGAAGACUCUAUAAAGAAAAAGAAAGCAUCCUGGGAAUCCAGCUAAAGUGGCCCUCUCAGAUAGAGGCAUCUUACUUUGGGGGAUACUUUACGUGUCCUCAAAAAUGUGCUCCACUCCUGCUGCUGAGUAUGGUGGGCAGUUGCCAAUAUUUGCACCAUCUUCACUUGCACGUGUUGCACAAAAAGCUUCUGAGAAGGAAAUGGCAUCAAAGCUAAAUGGUAUUUCACAAUUAGUGAUUAUUUUUCUUUGUUUCUUUGUUUUGCACUUUAAAAAGGAGAGAGUACAUACAAAUGAACUUUUCAAGACUUGUUUAUAUUUGAUGGCUAUAAGGGCUAUACAUUAACUUGAAUGGGGUGUUUUCCCCCAUCAUAUUCAGUUUAAAAACAAAAUACAUCCCGUUUCUUGGUAAGUUGUCAAUGAAUGUGAAAUCCUAGCCCCAUGAGAUUCAAUCUGUUUUCAAACAUUGAUAGUGUGUAUUUUUAAUGAAAUUGGUGGUUUUAAAAGUAAACUUCUAUUUUGUUUGCAUGUCCAGUUUGUUUUUUUUUUGUUUUGUUUUGUUUUGGGGGUUUGUCUUUUUUUUUUUUUUUUAAAUUUCCCAGUAGUAGUCUUCAAAAGUUUUGUUUCUUUGCUCACUUUAUUUUUUCCUCUGAUAAUUCAAGACUGGAACAAAAAUGUAAAUGUUAUUUAUUUCAGGCAGCAUCGUUUUUCAUGUGUUGUUAUAAAAAUAUAUAUUCAAAGUAAAUAUUUCACUUUUUUUUCUUCAGUCUUUUUGUAUUCAUAUGGACCCUGGAAGUUGGUUCUCAUUAAUUGUCAGAUUCCAUUUCCCAUUCUUCCUCAUAAGCAGUAGGUACCAAAGUAAUUCAGCAUUUAUGUUCUGAUAUCUGAGGCUAGUUAUUAUCCAGUUCUCAGAGCAGUUGGAAAGGUUGUCUUAAACGCCUUCCUAAGUUGAAACCCUAUUCAGAGACUAUAAUUGCAAGUUGGAAACAGUGGCCUAAAUGGAAUAAUGGGAUGAAGUCAGACAAAAUACAUACUUUAUAGUUUCAUGAUUUUCAGUAUAUAAAAUCUGCCCAUUCCUACCUGGACAAGUCCCAUGAAAAAAAUGGAAGAUUUUAAAUAAUUUCCUUACAGAUGUUUUAUUUAAACAGGUAGCACAAUCUACUAAUGUUGUUUGAUCUAUGUUUGUUAUAUUGGUUGUAAUUAAUUUUUUUAAUUCAUGACUAGCGGAAAAUUUAUUAAAUUAACUAUUAACUACAUUCACCUUGUAAAUUACUGUAUAAAACUUGUUGACAAUGCACUGACUUUAGAAAUAUGUUAAUGUACAUAGAGUGUAAAUAAAAUAGUGUUGAUGUACUGAAAUAUGAACUGUAUAAAAAAGUAUUGGUAAUUAUAUAUGGAGUGUAUCUGUUUAUCUGUAACUAUUAUCCAAACAAAUUAAAUACUGUGGCUGCA